GGGAGCGGGCUGGAGCGCGGCGGAGCUCCUGCUGCCGCCGCGGCCGCUGCCGCCGCAGCGAAGAGGCCAUGUUGUGUGGUGUGUGGGGCGGGGGGAGGAGGAGGAGGGAGUAAAGCCUAGAGAGGAGACGGGAGAGAGACACCACACACACGGCACAAGAUGGCCGGAGAGGCAGCAGCACCCCGAGCUGUCAGGCGUUCCGCCGCGGCCGCGAGGCCCGCCGGCCGGCGGGGAGCUACGCCCGGACGGCCAGCGGGCCCGCGGGAGUGGGGCGGCCGCGGCUGAGGCGAGGCGGGCCGCGCGCUUCGGCGUCAGAGCCCGCGGCAGAGGCGCCCAGGGCGGCCGGGCCCACGACGCCGAAAGCGCCGCUGCGGUUGCCGCCUCGGAGGCUCCCCCGGGCCCCGGCGGCUGGAACCGGCGCGGGCGGGAGGCUCGGGCGGGCGGUACGGCCCGGGACUCGGGUUUGGGCGACCAGGAGGUGCCGGUGGCCGCGCUCGGAUCCGGUGACUUAAGAGAUUAAAAAUUAAUUUGGUUGCUGAUGGUUCUGAACAAAUAAGAGUUCUUUUAUUUGAGGUAUGCCAUUUUGAAGACUGAGACAUUGGAGAUUUAUCCGAGAGGAUAAAGGAAAUCUUUGGGAAAGUCAGUAUUUUAUAUAGCAAAAAUACGAACCUCAAACUGAAUCCUCUAAAGGCCCCAUACAAUGAAGUAGACAUUGGUGGAAGCAUUUACACCCAGUCAGCUUGAAGAGUUUCAAAUGGACCCUACCACUGAGAAAUCAAGAUGGCAGCCUACUAUGGGGAAUUGAGGAAAAUGGAUUAAUACAAGAGUCCUGUGAUAAUAUACAACCAAGACAGGGUUCUUUUAACAUGGAAUCCAUGCAGUGAAUGAAGACAUAGGUUUCUUACCCAACACAAAUGGACAGUGGAUUUGACUUUCUAAAGACUUUUUUUUGUGGACAUUUUGACAUUUGGAGAAGAAAGAUGGCACACUAACCCAGAUAAUAGUUUUUAUGCCUGGAAUUUUUUGCAGUUUGAUUUGUAUGAGUAUGACCUCUUGAAAUGUUAACUUUUAAUAAAAUUUAUAACACUUAAAAAUUUCUCAGUUUGGGUUUUUUUUUUUUUAAGUGGAAGUUUCAUUCAAUGUUUAGUUUUAUUUUAGUAAUACUUUGGCCUUUGUAGUUGCCGAGUGGUAAAGUGUACUGAAUAUGAAUAAAGCUGGUAAAUUGGAAAUGGUGUAAUCGAAAACAUUUUACUUGGUUUAUGAAGAUUUAUCAUUUUUCACAAAGUUGUGCUCUUAGAUGGUCAUUUGGUUUAAAUACUGUUUGUGCUUUCAUGAAACACCUUUCAAAACAACUCAAUGGGUAAUAAUAGAAUCUGAUUUUAAUCUGCCACAAGAUUUUAAUGAACUUGAAACAAACUGCUUGUUGCUCCAAAAUUCAGGAUGAGUGAUACACAUAUACUUCUGAGUUAUUUUGUGUUGACUGAAAUGGUUUCUUAAGCUUUUUAAUACUAUAAAUACAUCUUGCUAUAGAAUAUUCAUCUGAAUAUUUAAAUUGAUGUCUCCUAUUGUCUUACUAUUAGAGGAAGAAGUGUUGAAUUUAUGGGUUAGGGUCCUUGGAGUAUUCACAAUUUUUUAAAUUCGAAAUUAUGUGUGUAAUCCAUUUUAUAUAACUUUGAAGUAGGAUUAAUAUCUUGUAUUGUCUUUAUUUUGUACAAUUGGGAAUUUAAAAUAAAUGAAUUGCACCCUGCCAUAGAUUACUUAUGUUUGAUUUUUAAAUGCCAGGUUUUCAUUUAUUACUAAUCAACUGAUACCAGUUUUGGUAACUAUUACAAAGGUGGUAGGCAUUAUUUUGGUAGACAAAAUGAGUUCUUGAUUCUGUUUUCCCAUUUUACAUGAGAAGAAUAAAUAGUUCAGGUUAAAUUGUUUUGUGUUAAUCAUACUGUUUGUGAUUCAUGUCAAAUACUGCAGCAUACACAUCCAUGGUUAAUAGAUGUGCACCAUUUGUUAUUGACUGAUGUGAGGUGGUUGGUCUUUGUCAAGUUCAAAAAUGGAAUUUUGGAUUUUGAUCUUGGUACAAAAUUUAUCUUUGUGUGUAGGGUAUGGAAUUGAAACAGUUUGGAUUAUGGAUUUUACCUAGAUUGGACGUUGUUGCUUUUGUUUGGUGUAAAUCUAAAGUGGAUUUCUUCAGUGAGGGAGGGACAUGGUUCUGGCAGAUUAUGUUGAAUAAGGAAAGGUGAUUGGAUUUUUUUGGGUGUGUGAAUAUGCUUGUCUGAAUGGAGUGCUUGGUAGGAUAUUGUUUUUGGAAUUAGUAAUUCGUUUCUGUGGAUCUCAUGGUUUUGAUAUUUAGGAGAAUUUGCUUUGUGACAUUACUUUGAUAAUUUGCAAUCACGUAUGUCCUAUUGUUAAUAACAUUGUUGAAAUGGGUGUAUACUUACUUGAUUUGAAAUAUAAGGGAAGUGUUGGGAUAUGUGUUUUCUGUUGGAUUUGGACGUGGAGUUUCUUGGGUUACUGAUUGAAAGGUGAUCGUGGUUGGACCAUACUCUUGAAUUUUUGCCUGAAUCAGUGUGGGAAGUAAAUAUAUUGUGAUUAUGAGAAGUUUCUUUGGAGGGAGGAGUGUAAUAUUUUCAAGGUUAUAUAAUGGGUUAAAGAAUUUUGUGAAAGAACAAAGAAAAAUGGAUAUUCUUGAAUAAAAAUUGGUUGCAUUAACUUUUGCUCCAAUGCAACUUGAACACUAGGGAGGCGCUCUUGAGUUGUAAAAAUUACCCCUUUCUUCCAGUUGAGAUGGAAAAUUCCCCCUUAAAUUUUGUCUUUAGAUUAUUUUUAGGCAUCAUAAAGAAGGAAAAACUUGAAUUUAGUUUAUGAAAUUAAGGUUUUACUUUUAUUUAGCAAUCAUUUCACCCAUUGGGGGAUUAAUUUUUAAAAAGAUUAGUACUUAGCUGAGCUUUAGAUUCUCUAAGAAUUAUCCCUUUUUCAAAAUGGCUUUAUAAAACACCACUUCCUGUCCAGGGAGGAAGUUAUUUUAGCUCAAGGACUGAAAUAUUUAGCAGAUCUUUAGACAAAAGGAACAAAUUACAUUUCUCUCUGGCUUAAAAAGGGUGCUUGAGCCAGAGGGGGUUAAGAAGCCCUCCCCCCUCCCCCUGUUGGGGUGGUCUGGAGGGGCAGGGAGGUGUGGGGGUGGGGGUCCUUAGGCUCCCUGGGAUGGAGGAUCUCUCUCUCUCUCUCUUUUUUUUUUUUUUUUUUUUUGGUGGAGAUGAAGGGGUGGGUCUAUGGUACAUCACCUGAGUUGUGGGGUAAAUGUAGAGAGUGUCAAUCAAAGGCAGAGCUCUCAGAGCUGGGAAGGAGGCUCUAGAUGGCGGCUGUGCCUUAGAGAGAGCGCGCUCUGCUCCCUGCCUUUGCCUCACUUUACGCAACUUUCCCUAACUUUCGGGCAGCCUCAGGGGGCCCCCGUAGCCCCCUGUCUUUCCUAGGGACUUACUGGGGUCGAUUCGAACCUUUUUUUGGGAGAAAAGCAGCUUUUAGGAGCUUUCUUUUCGUGCCUUGUUGGAAAGAAGCAGCCGUACUGAGAGCCCAGGUCGUUGUUUUUUCCAGCUUAGAAGCCAUGGCGCACCUCCAUUUUUGUGCGCUCUCCUAAUGAGGUUUUUUUUCUUUCGGACCUGUUUUAGUAUUAAUUAUUGCUUUAUUUUUUUGACCAGUUAACAUAUUUGAGGGUUAUUUUAUUUAUUUUUCGUUUUUUAACGGAGGAUUUUGCCUUUAUUUUUAAUUAUUUGGGAUCUGAUAUUUUUCUACUAGUAGAUAGGACUCUUGCUUUGGACAUACUACAUGGAUCAGGUAAGUUCACGAUCAUCGAUGAUAAUUUUAAAGAUUUAUUUGUUAAAGUUUGCCUUGUUUUCUGUAAAUACGAGAAAUUCUUGGAUGACGCAAUAAGAUACAGAGAUUGUUAUUUGUAUCUAGUGUGCUACUUUGAGAAAGUUUCCUUAUUGAUAGUGAUGCUUCCACUGUUCGGUUUAUCCUGUUGUUUUUUCUUUUAAGGAAAAAAUAGAAAUAUUUAGUUUUUUGGUGCUUACCGUUGUUGUGUUAUAACAAUAUCGUUAACAUCGUCAGGACUUUGUUCCUGAUAAUAAAAAGCAUCGAUAGAAGCCGGGACCUUACCUUUCUUUCAACUUUUGACAGUAAAUACCUGGGCACAGGACUUCAAAGCAAACACAGAUUCCCCCUCCCCCUUAAUAUUUAAGAAUUAAAAGAUGAUGAGAAAUAAGGACAAAAGCCAAGAGGAGGACAGUUCGCUACACAGCAAUGCAUCGAGUCACUCAGCCUCUGAAGAAGCUUCGGGUUCAGACUCAGGCAGUCAGUCGGAAAGUGAGCAGGGAAGUGAUCCAGGAAGUGGACAUGGCAGCGAGUCGAAUAGCAGUUCUGAAUCUUCUGAGAGUCAGUCGGAAUCUGAGAGUGAAUCAGCAGGUUCCAAAUCCCAGCCAGUCCUCCCAGAAGCCAAAGAGAAGCCAGCCUCUAAGAAGGAACGGAUAGCUGAUGUGAAGAAGAUGUGGGAAGAAUAUCCUGAUGUUUAUGGGGUCAGGCGGUCAAACCGAAGCAGACAAGAACCUUCGCGAUUUAAUAUUAAGGAAGAGGCAAGUAGCGGGUCUGAGAGUGGGAGCCCAAAAAGAAGAGGCCAGAGGCAGCUGAAAAAACAAGAAAAAUGGAAACAGGAACCCUCAGAAGAUGAACAGGAACAAGGCACCAGUGCAGAGAGUGAGCCAGAACAAAAAAAAGUAAAAGCCAGAAGACCUGUCCCCAGAAGAACAGUGCCCAAACCUCGUGUUAAAAAGCAGCCGAAGACUCAGCGUGGAAAGAGAAAAAAGCAGGAUUCUUCUGAUGAGGAUGAUGAUGAUGAUGAAGCUCCCAAAAGGCAGACUCGUCGAAGAGCGGCUAAAAAUGUUAGUUACAAAGAAGAUGAUGACUUUGAGACUGACUCAGAUGAUCUCAUUGAAAUGACUGGAGAAGGAGUUGAUGAACAGCAGGAUAAUAGUGAAACUAUUGAAAAGGUCUUAGAUUCAAGACUGGGAAAGAAAGGAGCCACUGGAGCUUCUACUACUGUAUAUGCGAUUGAAGCUAAUGGGGACCCUAGUGGUGACUUUGACACUGAAAAGGAUGAAGGUGAAAUCCAGUACCUCAUCAAGUGGAAGGGUUGGUCUUAUAUCCACAGCACAUGGGAGAGUGAAGAAUCCUUACAGCAACAGAAAGUGAAGGGCCUAAAAAAACUAGAGAACUUCAAGAAAAAAGAGGAUGAAAUCAAACAAUGGUUAGGGAAAGUUUCUCCUGAAGAUGUAGAAUAUUUCAAUUGCCAACAGGAGCUGGCUUCAGAGUUGAAUAAACAGUAUCAGAUAGUAGAAAGAGUAAUAGCUGUGAAGACAAGUAAAUCUACAUUGGGUCAAACAGAUUUUCCAGCUCAUAGUCGGAAGCCGGCACCCUCAAAUGAACCUGAAUAUCUAUGUAAAUGGAUGGGACUCCCCUAUUCAGAGUGUAGCUGGGAAGAUGAAGCCCUCAUUGGAAAGAAAUUCCAGAAUUGCAUUGACAGCUUCCACAGUAGGAACAACUCAAAAACCAUCCCAACAAGAGAAUGCAAGGCCCUGAAGCAGAGACCACGAUUUGUAGCUUUAAAGAAACAACCUGCAUAUUUAGGAGGGGAGAAUCUGGAACUUCGAGAUUAUCAGCUAGAAGGUCUAAACUGGCUUGCUCAUUCCUGGUGCAAAAAUAAUAGUGUAAUCCUUGCUGAUGAAAUGGGCCUAGGAAAGACCAUCCAGACCAUAUCGUUCCUCUCCUACCUGUUCCACCAACACCAGCUGUAUGGCCCCUUUCUUAUAGUCGUCCCUUUAUCCACCCUCACCUCAUGGCAGAGAGAGUUUGAAAUCUGGGCACCAGAGAUUAACGUAGUGGUUUACAUAGGUGACCUGAUGAGCAGAAAUACGAUAAGGGAAUAUGAAUGGAUUCAUUCCCAAACCAAAAGAUUGAAGUUCAACGCACUUAUAACAACAUAUGAGAUCCUCUUGAAAGAUAAGACUGUGCUGGGCAGUAUUAACUGGGCCUUUCUGGGAGUGGAUGAAGCCCAUCGGUUGAAGAAUGAUGACUCUUUAUUGUAUAAAACUCUGAUUGAUUUCAAGUCCAACCAUAGGCUCCUGAUUACGGGGACCCCUCUUCAGAAUUCCCUCAAAGAGCUCUGGUCCUUGCUGCACUUUAUUAUGCCGGAGAAGUUUGAAUUUUGGGAAGAUUUUGAAGAAGACCAUGGGAAAGGGAGAGAGAAUGGCUACCAGAGUCUUCAUAAGGUGCUAGAGCCUUUCCUUCUCCGGAGAGUCAAAAAAGAUGUGGAGAAAUCCCUUCCUGCUAAAGUGGAACAGAUUCUCAGGGUGGAGAUGUCAGCCCUUCAGAAACAGUAUUACAAGUGGAUUCUGACCAGGAAUUACAAGGCUCUUGCCAAAGGAACAAGAGGCAGCACAUCUGGUUUUCUUAAUAUUGUGAUGGAACUGAAAAAAUGUUGCAACCACUGCUAUCUGAUUAAACCCCCUGAAGAAAAUGAAAGGGAAAAUGGACAGGAGAUUCUUCUGUCCCUCAUAAGGAGCAGUGGGAAGCUGAUUUUAUUAGACAAACUGUUGACAAGACUUCGAGAAAGGGGGAAUCGAGUGCUUAUCUUCUCUCAGAUGGUGAGAAUGUUGGAUAUCCUGGCUGAAUACCUAACUAUUAAACACUAUCCUUUCCAGCGUCUGGAUGGUUCCAUCAAGGGAGAAAUCCGAAAACAGGCACUGGACCACUUCAAUGCAGAUGGGUCUGAGGACUUCUGUUUCCUGCUCUCGACAAGGGCUGGUGGCCUGGGAAUCAAUUUGGCUUCAGCGGACACAGUCGUCAUCUUUGACUCUGACUGGAACCCCCAGAAUGACUUGCAGGCACAAGCCCGAGCGCAUAGAAUUGGUCAGAAGAAGCAGGUAAAUAUUUACCGCUUAGUUACAAAGGGGACUGUGGAGGAGGAGAUUAUAGAACGGGCCAAAAAGAAGAUGGUAUUAGAUCAUCUGGUGAUUCAGCGCAUGGACACCACUGGCCGGACGAUCCUGGAAAACAACUCGGGAAGGUCCAAUUCAAAUCCUUUUAAUAAAGAAGAGCUGACAGCUAUUUUGAAAUUUGGAGCAGAGGAUCUCUUCAAAGAACUGGAAGGGGAGGAAUCAGAACCUCAGGAAAUGGAUAUAGAUGAAAUUUUGCGGUUGGCUGAAACGAGAGAGAAUGAAGUGUCAACAAGUGCAACAGAUGAACUUCUAUCACAGUUUAAGGUUGCCAACUUUGCAACAAUGGAAGAUGAAGAAGAGCUGGAAGAGCGUCCUCACAAGGACUGGGAUGAGAUCAUUCCAGAGGAACAAAGGAAAAAAGUAGAGGAGGAGGAGCGGCAGAAGGAGCUAGAAGAAAUUUAUAUGCUGCCUCGAAUUCGGAGUUCCACUAAAAAGGCUCAGACAAAUGACAGUGACUCUGACACUGAGUCUAAGAGACAGGCCCAGAGAUCCUCUGCUUCUGAGAGUGAGACGGAAGACUCUGAUGAUGACAAGAAGCCAAAGCGCAGAGGGCGUCCCAGGAGUGUGCGGAAGGACCUCGUGGAGGGAUUUACUGAUGCAGAGAUCCGAAGGUUCAUCAAGGCUUAUAAGAAGUUUGGUCUCCCUCUUGAACGGCUGGAGUGCAUAGCACGUGAUGCUGAGCUGGUCGAUAAGUCGGUGGCAGAUCUGAAGCGCCUAGGUGAACUGAUCCACAACAGCUGUGUGUCAGCAAUGCAGGAAUAUGAAGAGCAGCUGAAAGAAAAUGCCAGUGAGGGAAAAGGACCAGGGAAAAGGAGAGGUCCAACAAUCAAGAUAUCCGGAGUUCAGGUUAAUGUGAAAUCCAUUAUCCAACAUGAAGAGGAGUUUGAGAUGCUGCAUAAAUCUAUCCCUGUGGACCCUGAAGAAAAAAAAAAAUACUGCUUAACCUGUCGUGUCAAAGCUGCACAUUUUGAUGUAGAGUGGGGGGUGGAAGAUGAUUCUCGCCUGUUGCUGGGAAUUUAUGAACAUGGCUAUGGAAACUGGGAGUUAAUUAAAACAGACCCAGAGCUUAAAUUAACUGACAAAAUUCUGCCGGUGGAGACAGAUAAAAAGCCUCAGGGGAAGCAGCUACAGACCCGAGCGGAUUACUUGUUGAAGCUGCUCAGAAAGGGUCUGGAGAAGAAGGGGGCUGUGACAGGUGGGGAAGAGGCCAAAUUAAAGAAGCGGAAGCCUCGGGUAAAGAAGGAAAACAAAGUGCCCAGGCUGAAAGAGGAGCAUGGAAUUGAGCUUUCAUCUCCUAGGCAUUCAGAUAAUCCAUCAGAAGAGGGAGAAGUGAAAGAUGAUGGCUUGGAAAAAAGUCCAAUGAAAAAAAAACAGAAGAAGAAGGAGAACAAGGAGAACAAGGAGAAACAAAUGAGUUCUAGGAAAGACAAAGAAGGGGACAAGGAAAGAAAGAAGUCAAAAGAUAAGAAAGAGAAGCCUAAAAGUGGUGAUGCCAAAUCUUCGAGUAAAUCAAAGCGAUCUCAGGGUCCUGUCCAUAUUACAGCAGGAAGUGAACCUGUCCCCAUUGGAGAGGAUGAGGAUGAUGAUCUGGACCAGGAGACAUUCAGCAUAUGUAAGGAGAGGAUGAGGCCCGUGAAAAAGGCACUGAAACAGCUCGACAAACCUGACAAGGGGCUCAACGUGCAAGAACAGCUGGAACACACCCGGAACUGCCUACUGAAAAUUGGAGACCGGAUAGCCGAGUGCCUUAAAGCCUACUCAGAUCAGGAGCACAUCAAACUCUGGAGGAGGAACCUAUGGAUUUUUGUUUCCAAGUUUACAGAAUUUGAUGCUCGAAAACUGCAUAAGUUAUACAAGAUGGCUCAUAAGAAAAGGUCUCAAGAAGAGGAGGAGCAAAAGAAGAAAGAUGACAUGCCUGGGGGUAAGAAACCAUUUCGUCCAGAGGCCUCAGGCUCCAGCCGGGAUUCUCUGAUCUCUCAGUCCCAUACCUCACACAACCUUCACCCUCAGAAGCCUCAUUUGCCUGCCUCCCAUGGCCCACAGAUGCAUGGACACCCAAGAGAUAACUACAGUCACCCCAACAAGAGACACUUCAGUAAUGCAGAUCGAGGAGACUGGCAGAGGGAAAGAAAGUUCAACUAUGGUGGUGGCAACAACAAUCCACCAUGGGGAAGCGACAGGCACCAUCAGUAUGAGCAGCACUGGUACAAGGACCACCAUUAUGGGGACCGGCGACAUAUGGAUGCCCACCGUUCCGGAAGCUAUCGACCCAACAACAUGUCCAGAAAGAGGCCUUAUGACCAGUACAGCAGUGACCGAGACCACCGGGGACACAGAGAUUAUUAUGAUAGGCACCAUCAUGACUCCAAGCGGAGGAGAUCCGAUGAAUUUAGGCCUCAAAAUUACCACCAGCAGGAUUUCCGACGAAUGUCUGAUCACCGCCCCCCUAUGGGCUACCAUGGCCAGGGACCCUCAGACCAUUACCGCUCUUUCCACACAGAUAAACUGGGGGAAUAUAAACAGCCUCUACCCCCAUUGCACCCUGCAGUCUCAGAUCCUCGCUCACCCCCUUCUCAGAAAUCUCCUCACGAUUCCAAGUCACCCCUGGAUCAUAGGUCUCCUUUGGAGAGAUCACUAGAACAGAAAAACAACCCAGAUUAUAACUGGAAUGUUCGGAAAACAUAAAGGACAGCUCGUCAAGGAGAGAGUAAGAGUCACCAAACACGUGGAUAUUUUUGGUCUGAUCCUACAGUAGCCAGUUAUCUAGACCAGUAAGUGGAGUUUCGGACAUGCUGCUGCUGUCAACUCACUGGCUGAAGGAGCACUUCAAGGAAUGGGAGGCCUUUCACUGGGUCCAGCUCUGAUUCGGGUCACCCCUCCUGCACUUUGGCACCCCAUCCCAUUCCAGCCUAGUUCUGGCCUCCCACUUUGACGGGCACUUGGAGGAGGAGCUGACUUUGUGUGUACCAGUUUCACUGGGAUGUGUUUCCCCAGUCAAGGAACAGGGGAUCUUCAGAGUCAUGAAUGUUUUUUGCCAGGGUCAGUGUUCCCAGGACCUUAGUGCAUGGUCAGGGCAGGAACUGGUGCAUGGAGGCUGCUGGGACCUGAUGUUACAGUGUGUGAUUUGGUUGAUUUGGUUCACUCUGACAUGAUGGAUGCUGCUGAUGGGGAGUGGCGAGUUGGGGCAAGCGGGUGGGGACAAGCAUAGGACUUGAAGGGGAGCAGGUACACCCCUCAAAUGUGUUCUUGGGAGAAAUGAUACACUUGGCCUCAUUAUGUGAAACCAAUGGGUGGGGUUGAGGUGGGGAAGUAGAGAGAGGGCAACAGCUUCCACAACUGCUUCAUCUCUGCCAACACUAAUUUUUCCCACACUGUCUUUGUACAUUUCAGAGGUUUGGUCUCCUGAGUGGGCCUCCUUUUCCCACUGUGCCAGGAAAAGUAGGUUGCUCUGGCUGACUUUUGAGUACUGUGAGUUAGGCAACAUUGAUGCCAGCAUGGGUCUUACUUGACUGGGGAGUAGGCUGAGUGAGGGGUAGGGUGGGGUAGGUGGGGAGUAGUGUGGCCAGGGAACUGGAAUCCCUGGUGGAUUUCUGAUUGCUAUGCUGAGAAGGAAAGCUACAGGACCUGGAGAAAGGGAUGCAGAGGCAGGCCUGCUGACCAACUUGUUGCAAUCACAAAGGUGGGGGUCCUGGUGCAGGCGGUGAACGGGCUUCUAAUGUGGGGUUCAGUAGUGCCAGCAAGUGGGGGAAACUUUCAGUAUUGGGCUAGGUCAACACUUCCUGCUGCAUUUCCUUCCCUUUGCACAGCUUGAAGAAAUAGAUUGGACAGAAUCACACAUCAUGUGGUGGGCAGAUGGAAAUAAGUACCUGUGGUGAACAAGUUUCUACUGUAGUUGGAGAUCACUAGAAUUGAAUUCAGUUUCUCUUAGAAUAUAAUCAGGUAUAAACCUAAGUUAAACUCUCUCCCAAACAGGGAGCAUCCAAAGACACAGUGACUUGAGCUAUAGAUAGUAAAAAUCGUACUAGAGUUGAACUGAGUUGGGUUUAGGAAGCAAGUUGGUUGCAUCAAUUAAGCAGGCUCUUUUCAAUUGACUGAUGCUGGGGCCUUCAGUUUUAUUCUCAGUAUAGCUUGCUAGUAUUGUUAGAGUAUCCAAAGGCCUUUCUAGAUGGAGACAGAAUAACUGACUUGAACAUACAGUGUGCCUGUAAGUGUCCAGGCUCAGAGCUGGUGAAAACCCUUCUGUUGGGCGUGUGCAGGGUUAAACUCCCUGAAGUAACUUGUGAGGACUUCAGUGCUUGCUGGUGUCCUGGGCAGCACCAUGAAUGCCUUUAGCAAGACAUGCCGAGUUGGAUCCCCCGAAUGAAGCAGAUGUAGCUGUGGUGUGACCCUUGCUCCCUGCUACACAGAGCAUCGCAGCGCUGGCCUGUGUGGUUUCCAGAUGAGGGUCUGGGUCCCAGAAGCUUGUGUUGAGCGCUCGGUAGACCCACCCCCCUUACUGAACCCUCAUAGUUCUUGGGGUUGUUCAGCCUGGACUUGUAGCAUACAUGUCCUGAAGCAAAGCUCUGGUGACUGCAUGAGCCACCUGGCCACAGUCCUCCCAUGGAGGGCCUGCUGUGACGCUCAGUGGAGAGGGCAGGACAUGUGUCUCCACUUAGGCCACACAGUGAUAAGGAAACCACAGAUGGAGCUUCUUGCUGAUAAUAUUGACUCUAGCCCACGUUUGCCUUGCCCAAGCCAAAGAGGAAGGUUAGGUUGGCUUGUCAAGCCCUUGAGCGAUGGGAGAUGGGGUGGGAAGGAGGUGAGCCCCUGCAGAGAGUUGGGUAGUGUCCUUCAGGAACGAAAGGAGGGGCAAAGGAGUCACCAGAGGCCCUGCAUUUCCAUCAGGGUUUCCACAGUCAUCAGGGCUUCUCCCUUGAGUUGCUGAUAGGAGAUGUGAGUUAUGCCCAAAGAUGUCUCACCAUGAGGAAAAAGAAACUUCCUUUGGUUCACAUUCAGGACUCUUAGUGCCAUAUGAAGUAGCAAAAGGCAGUAUCGGCCAGAUCAGUGUUACAUUGAUGCUAAAAUUACAGUGUCCCCAUUAGACAACUAUUUUAGGUGCUGGAGUAUGUUUGAAGAGUGCGUUGGGAAAAAGGAAGCAUUUCUUCAUUGAUUUAAAUCAGUAUGAAUAUUAUAUGCCUAAAUAAAAAAUUUGCACAGGUAAAUUCUCUCACUUGUGAAUGGGAGAAGCUGCCCCAGGAAUCUGUGAGGAUGGCAUUCCCUGGAGCCUGGCUUUGAAAGAUUUUAUCGUUGGUAGAAAUAACGGGUUGAGGAAGAGGGAGUUAGCAUCACCUAAAACCUGCACGUGAACAAGGGUUGACAUGAUACACUAUGGCCUUUAGAAAAGGGCCAGGUGAAACCCCAAGCUAAUCACUGCGGUCUUUCAGAGCCGGACAGACAGGUGCCAGCAGAGCCCGGGGCUCGCUCUCCUUUCAGUCAUUCCUCAGCCCUUCGAAGGGAAGCCCCAAACACUUUGCACACUGUGCCGCAGACAUUCUGGCCUGGUGUGUCUGAAAGUUGCAUCAGUCCUCACGGUGCAAACACAGUUUAUUUAGGAAGUCACACAAUGACACUGAAAUCCUACAGACCAAAAUCCACUUGUCAGCAGGAGCAGCAGCCCAGGCCCAGCACCAGCGGUCUUCCGGCUCCUCUGAGGGCUGCCACGUUGGGCGAGGGGAGCCAUGCCAAGGGUCCAGGCUGCUUUAGGCCACCUGUGCCCCACUCAUCUGGGGACAGAUGGUUUUUCUUUAUUGUAAAAUUGUGGACUUUUAAAACCUGUUGACUAAACAGUAAUUAAUUUAUAUUUGUGAAAAAUGCCACUGUCCUAGUGAUUUCUGAUGUAAAUAAUGUUGUUUAUAUAGUAUGUAUUAAAUUUUCCUACAUUGUAAAACUGCUGUACUUUUGAUUCUUGUAUAUUAAAAAGUGUUCCUGAGGAUUUUUAGAA